GCGCUGGGCCCCGUAGGAUCCGGGGCGCCCGGCGCCUAAAACACCUGGAGGCUGCAGCUCCCCGAAAAGGAGCCGCGUCCCUGGUCACCUGCUCGGCCACUCCGGGGCCCGGCCGGGGCCGGCAGGAGAAGGAAGCUCCGGGAGGGCGAGACCCCCAGGGGCGCCCCGGGACUUCUGGAUCGGGGGCCCUCGGUGCCGCGAGGCGAGCGUGGGAGCCUGUCGGAAAUGCGGAUGAAUGACUUUGGACUCAAGAACAUGGACCAGGUAGCCCCCGUGUCUAACAGUUACAGAGGGACACUCAAGCGCCAGCCAGCUUUUGACACCUUUGAUGGGUCCCUGUUUGCUGUUUUCCCCUCUCUCAAUGAAGAGCAAACACUCCAAGAGGUGCCCACAGGCUUGGAUUCCAUUUCUCAUGACUCUACCAACUGUGAAUUGCCUCUCUUAACUCCGUGCAGCAAGGCUGUCAUGAGUCAAGCCUUAAAAGCUACCUUCAGUGGCUUCAAGAAGGAGCAGCGCCGCCUUGGCAUCCCCAAGAACCCCUGGCUGUGGACCGAGCAGCAAGUGUGCCAGUGGCUUCUCUGGGCCACCAAUGAGUUCAGCCUGGUGAAUGUCAAUUUCCAGAGGUUCGGCAUGAAUGGCCAGGUGUUGUGUAACCUGGGCAAGGAGCGUUUUCUGGAGCUGGCUCCUGAUUUCGUGGGUGACAUUCUCUGGGAGCACCUGGAGCAGAUGAUCAAAGAAAACCAAGAAAAGACAGAAGAUCAGUAUGAAGAAAAUUCACACCUCAACUCCGUCCCUCAUUGGAUUAAUAGCAAUUCACUAGGCUUUGGCGUGGAGCAGGCAGCGUACGGCGUGCAGACCCAGAAUUACCCCAAAGGCAGCCUCCUGGACGUGUGUCCCUCCUCGUCAGCGCCCAGCGUGCUGGGUUCCGAGCAGGAGUUUCAGAUGUUCCCCAAGUCUCGACUCAGCACCGUCAGCGUCAACUACUGCGCGGUCAGCCAGGACUUCCCGAGCGGCAACUUGAACCUGCUCGCGGGCGGUUCCGGGAAGCCCCGGGACCGCGACUCCCCCGAGAACGGCACGGACAGCUUCGAGAGCUCCGACUCCCUGCUGCAGUCGUGGAACAGCCAGUCGUCGCUGCUGGAUGUGCAGCGAGUGCCGUCCUUCGAGAGCUUCGAGGAUGACUGCAGCCAGUCCCUGUGCCUCACUAAGCCGACCAUGUCCUUCAAGGACUACAUCCAGGAGAGGAGCGACCCAGUGGAGCAGGGCAAACCGGUUAUACCCGCGGCGGUGCUGGCCGGCUUCACGGGAAGCGGACCUAUUCAGCUGUGGCAGUUUCUCCUGGAGUUGCUGUCUGACAAAUCCUGCCAGCCGUUCAUCAGCUGGACCGGGGACGGCUGGGAGUUCAAGCUCUCGGACCCCGACGAGGUGGCCCGCCGGUGGGGAAAGAGGAAAAACAAGCCCAAGAUGAACUACGAGAAGCUGAGCCGGGGCUUGCGUUAUUACUACGACAAAAACAUAAUCCACAAGACGUCGGGGAAGCGCUACGUGUACCGCUUUGUGUGCGACCUGCAGAACUUGCUGGGGUUCACCCCCGAGGAACUGCACGCCAUCCUGGGCGUGCAGCCCGACACGGAGGACUGAGGCCCGCGAGGGACUGCGAGUGCGGCCACCCGACCCACUGCUCCAAGGACCCUGAAAGGCGGGAUUGAACGCAUCCAGGAGAGUCCCCAAGAAGCAGUGGCCUUAUUUCACCAGAAACCGCGGCUUUUCACCCAAAGCAGCAUGGUUUCUUGCUUCUAAAGCCUGCUGACGGGAACACGCUAUUUAUGAUGCUCUUACGUUAGAAUGGCCGAGAAAGAAGCGCUGGGAAGCCGUCCUGGCUCUGAGCAGGCCGCGUGACAGGAACGUUCAGGCUGUUGGGUAUUCUCCAAGGAGCGAGCAUGUCUUGGGCACACACUUUUAUUUUUUAUUUUAUUUUAUUUUUUUUAGUUUUCUUUUGCCUUCGGCAGCCAGGAAUCACAAAGGCAGAAGUGGUCUCUUCGGUUCAGCGAAGCGUUGGGUGCAGGGAGACAGUCGUGCCAUUUCAGAAGUUAGUGUGUAUAUAUGAUUGUAAUCUUAAUAACUGUUGUCAGAAUCCUCUCAGAGUCCUAUUUAACGAGAACUGUAUAUUGUAAUUUAAAAUAAUUCUGUAAGUGUAUUUGAAAUAAGAACGCAGACGUGCGGCGUUCUGCGAACACGGAGUCCGCCAGGGCGGACGAAGACGUUGUAAAGUGUGUAUUUACAUUUAAUAUGCCUACAGGUAGACGUCGAAGAGGGUCAGUCCCUGUUUCUGUUUUGUUUUGCCUGGAUGAUGAUUUGGCAAGGACUUUGUACAUUUGGGAAUUUUUAUAAAACACUUAAUGUUAUUAUCCGGAGGCAUAUCCAGCCUCUGCUUUCUCCUGAAUUGUAACGUAAAAGCUAUAAAGCAGUAUUUUUCUUGACAAGUGGCGUAUGUUUUCCAUUUCUGUGCAUGCCUUUAAAUCCGUUUAUACACAAGACUUAUUUUAUUUUUUAGUUCGACUGUUUCCCCAACAACUAACCUCCCCGACCAGCCAUUUCCUUCCCGUGCUCCACCUCCACGCCCCAAAUUAUUCUGUAUGAUUAAAAUAAGAAUGCUA